CCGCCGGCGCCGCCUCCUCUGCUCUCCGCUGCUGAGGACAGAGGACACACUCACUGCGGACACUUCUACAAGGGGACACGGGAAGGGCAGCAGAGAGGAGCGUAGACCCACCGCUGCUGUCGAACCCCCUUGAGAGAUCCAUCCAGGUGCUUUCUACUCCUAUGAGGACUUCUCCAGGAUCCAUCACCACUCGCUGACCGACACUGUAGCUGCUGCUGACUCUCAGAUCUUCCCUCAGCCAUGGCCCAACAGAGCGCUGAGCCGUCCCACUGCUAGGCAACGGGGCAUCCGAGAGGGCAGGAGACAUGUUGGGACAGAGGCCCGGGGACCACUGCACUGAAUUCUGUUACUAUAGCGACUACUGUAGUAACCAUGGAGACGCUAUGGAGGACUGGUCUGGUCUGCACUGUCAUCGUGGUCAUGGUUGCCACCGAGGUCGCAGGAGGUCACAAAGAUGAUUUUGCUCAGUCACAAGCUGCUUUUCUGUCCAGUCUGGGCCAGUAUGAGAUUGCCAUCCCAGUCCGUGUAGGACCGAACGGCGAGAUGCUGGACACAGAAACAACUCAACACCACCAAAGAAAAAGACGCAGCACUGAAGACAAGCUGCCUGACUCUCUCUUCUACCAGCUGUCCACGUCACGGAACAACUUCCUGCUAAACCUGACGCUGCAGGGAGGCCUGUUGUCCCGGCAGUUCCGGGUAGAGUACUGGAAGAGGGGUCGAUUAGCCUGGAGUCACCCUUACUCUCCCCAUUGCCACUACGUAGGACAUCUCCAAGACCAACCGCACUCCAGCAAAGUGGCCCUAAGCAACUGUAACGGCCUGCAGGGGGUGAUUGUUGCAGGGGGAGAGGAGUACCUGAUUGAACCCCUUGUCUCACCAGAUAACCAAACCAGGACGGAGAAGGAGGAGAGAGCAGAGGGGCGCCCCCAUGUGGUUUACAAGCGGUCAUCGCUUCGUCACCAGUACAAGGGCCAAUCCUGUGGAGUCAUUGAUGAGAAGCCAAUGAAAGGUGCGUCAUGGUGGCAGCGGACUCUGAAGACGCCUCCUCAUCAUGUGGGUCGCGGGCAGCUGCCUCUGAAGCGCUCCGUCAGCCGGGAGCGCUACGUGGAAACACUGGUGGUCGCUGACAAGAUGAUGGUUGGAUACCACGGUCGCAGGGACAUCGAGCAGUACAUCCUGGCUGUCAUGAAUAUUGUUGCCAAACUGUUCCAGGAUUCUAGCCUGGGGAAUGCAGUCAACAUUGUGGUGACACGGCUCAUCCUGCUCAUGGAAGACCAGCCAACCCUAGAGAUCAACCACCAUGCCGGGAAGUCUUUAGACAGUUUCUGUAAGUGGCAGAAAACCAUCCAGCACCGGAGCAGUUACGGGAACGCCAUACCAGACAAUGGCAUUGCUCACCAUGACACCGCUGUGCUAAUCACCAGGUACGACAUCUGCAUCCAAAAAAACAAGCCCUGUGAAACCCUAGGUCUGGCUCCAGUAGGAGGGAUGUGUGAGCCAGAGAGGAGCUGCAGCAUCAAUGAGGACAUCGGACUUGGAACAGCCUUCACUAUCGCCCAUGAGAUUGGACAUACGUUUGGGAUGAACCAUGACGGUAUGGGGAAUGCCUGUGGGCCCCGAAGCCAGGAGACCGCCAAGCUGAUGGCUGACCACAUCACCAUGAAGACAAACCCGUUCAUCUGGUCCGCCUGUAGCCGGGAUUACAUCACCAGCUUCUUGGACUCAGGCAUGGGUUCCUGUCUGAACAAUGUCCCCCCAAAGCAGGAGUUUGUGUACCCUACGACAGCACCGGGUCAGGCCUACGAUGCAGACGAACAGUGCCGCUUCCAGUACGGCGUCAGAUCUCGACAGUGUAAAUAUGCGGAAGUCUGCAGUGAACUUUGGUGCAUGAGUAAGAGCAACCGCUGCAUCACCAGUAGCAUUCCUGCUGCAGAGGGAACCAUCUGUCAGACCAACACCAUAGAGAAAGGGUGGUGCUACAAGAGGGUGUGUGUUGCCUACGGGACUCGUCCAGAAGGUGUGGAUGGAGGCUGGGGUCUGUGGUCACCCUGGGAGGAGUGUAGCAGGACCUGUGGAGGUGGAGUCUCCUCUUCUGUCAGACACUGUGACAGCCCCAGGCCAACUAUCGGUGGAAAGUACUGUCUGGGGGAGAGAAAGCGCUUCAGGUCCUGCAAUAUUGAUGAGUGCCCCGCAGGCUCUCGAGACUUCCGAGAGAUUCAGUGCUCCGACUUCGAUAGCAUUCCUUUCCGGGGGAAAUUUUACACCUGGAAGCCUUACAGAGGAGGUGGGGUGAAACCCUGCUCUCUCAACUGCCUAGCUGAGGGAUACAACUUCUACACAGAGCGAGCUCCUGCCGUGGUGGACGGCACGCCGUGCAGAGACGACUCUCUGGACGUGUGCGUGAACGGGGAGUGUAAGCACGUUGGUUGCGAUCGUAUCCUCGGCUCGGACGUACGUGAGGACCGCUGCCGGAUCUGCGGGGGUGACGGGACCAGCUGCGUCUCUGUGGAGGGACUUUUCAACGACUCCCUGCCCGAAGGAGGUUAUGAAGAGGUGGUCAGGAUUCCUAAAGGAUCAGUGUUCAUCCACAUACAAGAGCUCAACAUCUCCCUCAACUACCUGGUGCUGAAGAGCAAAGGUGAUCAGUUCUUCAUCAAUGGGAAGCUGACCAUCGACACGCCUCGCAGGUUCUCCGUCGCCGGCACCACUUUCCACUACAGACGUCCGACUGAUGGGCCAGAGACUCUUGAGGCGCUGGGACCAACGAAUAUCACACUCAUUGUGAUGGUGCUGGUGAGAGAGGAGAACCCAGGCAUCCACUAUCGUUUCAACCCCCCAGUCAACAGGGAUCCUCUGAGCGGGUUUGCCUGGCACUACACCUCCUGGUCGCGCUGCUCAGCCCUCUGCGCCGGAGGUGUGCAGGUCCAGCAGGUGGUGUGCAGGAAGCAGACAGAUCACACGAUCGUCUACAACCACUUCUGUGACAAGAAGAACAAACCCAAAGAGAAGAGACGAUCCUGCAACACUGAGCCGUGCUCCCCGAGCUGGUGGACCGGAGAGUGGUCGGAGUGCAGUCGCAGCUGUAACGGUGGCCUGCGGACUCGGGUGGUGUUGUGCAAAAGGAGGAUCUCUUCGACGGAGGAGAAAGUCCUGGACGACUCAGCCUGCACCCACCCUCGCCCUUCGCUCACCGAGCCCUGCAGCAACCACAGCUGCCCCCCUGAGUGGCUGGCGCUGGACUGGUCAGAGUGUACGCCCAGCUGUGGUCCUGGCUACAGGCACCGUGUGGUCUUGUGCAAGAGCGGGGAGAGCGGCGACACGCUGCCAGAGUCCAAGUGCCCCAAACAAGGCCGGCCCACCUCCAGGGUGCGCUGUAACCUGCAGCGCUGCCCUCCCUCUCAAUGGGUUACGGGUCCCUGGGGGGAGUGUUCUGCCAAGUGUGGCCUGGGUCAGGAGAUGCGCUCGGUGCAGUGUCUGGCUCACACCGGCCAGCCGUCCAACGAGUGUCUGGAGCACCAGCGACCUGCAGCCAUGCAGCAGUGCAAGAGCAAAUGUGACCUCAGUCUGCCCGUCGGUACAGACAACCCCGAAGAGUGCAAAGAUGUGAACACUGUGGCUUACUGCCCCCUGGUGCUCAGGUUCAAGUUCUGCAGCCGGCCAUACUUCAGACAAAUGUGCUGCAAGACCUGCCAGGGACGCUGACACCUCGAAACUCGCAGCAUCCAUCUUUGGGUCCUGUACGCUCACACAGUAAGCCUGAAACCCUCCCACUCAGCCUGGUAACAGCAGCCCUCGCACUGCCUCCGCCGGAGCAGUGCGGGAUCUACCUGGGACUCUGUCAUGCAGACGCCUGGUCCUGUAACUGGUUCAGAUGGACCCUUUUUUCUCCACCCAGAAUCCAGAUCAGACGUCUCUCCGAGCCGAGCUGGACCGAGCCGGCCCGAGCUGAGUUCAUACAUUCCACUGGAGGGAGGGCUGCUGAAACCCGGAGAGGCAGAGAGAGGGAGAGCCUCUCCUCCAUCAUGGUCUAGGAUGACCCCUCUCUCUCUGUCUCUCUGCACUUUGCCUUUGUUGUAAUAUUUUGGUGCUACUAUAUUUCACUUUGGCCACAGGACUGGUCGCAGUACUACGAGUUCCAUUUGUGUUUGCUUGAGUGGCCUCAACGUUUAGCCUGAUCUCCUCGGCCUGUAUGUUAACAGGUGAUGUUUGUUUAGUUAUGAGGUUUUUUUUGGUUUUUUUUUAAAUCCACUUUGUAAAGAAAAUGAUUUUCCAGAUAUCUUUGCCCACAAAAAGGAAUAUCUUAUAUUAUGAAAUGAAAGAUUUGUCUCUAUGUUAUCUGAUAGUUGUUACUUGACCACAUUGUUUUAUGUUACUGCUUCGUUUCGUAUCAACAUAUUCAUCGAGUCCUCGCUGUUAUUUAGCUGAAGUAUGGGCAGAGUUCGAUUUGCACAAAGAGUCAGCCGUCAGAGGACUCGUGUAUUUUACGUUUGUGUUCGUGUGAUUUGACUUGAUGUCUCGGUGUAAGCUCUAAACGUCUCACUGCAGUGGACCUGCCACAGUCUUGCCAUUUUAGUUGCUCAGACGCCACCACCUCGGCGGUAAAACAGAGACACAGCCUCAGCAAAGCCAACGCUGACUCACCAGGACCAUGUUGUUUUGUGUUGUGGCUGCAGACUGUGGCAGCUUGUGCAUAAAGUCUACAAAAAGGAACUUACUGUCAUUAUCUGAACAUCCCUCGGUGCGCCCUCGCUGUUAAUUCUUUUUUUUGUUUUAUUUUUACCACAUGUUCUCACGGUGCGAGCAGUUCGUACUGUGAGUGGAAAUCCAGAGCACAGUGAGCCACAGUGAGUCAGCUCUGGCAGGAGGAACAGGCCCAGCGAUGAUGAGUGAAGACCUCCGACCACGCUGCUUUCAAAGAGCGUUUUAUAGCAGGAGUGUUAAUCUGAGGAUGGAUUUACAGAAAAGAUCUGGUUUCUCUGUGGCACAGAUCUGAUCACGGCUGCCUGUAACCUUCAUUCAGGAUGUCUGCCACAAGGAUUCAGCAAAUUUGAGCUUAUUUAAACUUAUCAUGAUAAUGUUAAACCUCAGUAACUGUAUUUUUGUGUGAAAGCAGCACUGAUAUCUAACAGGUUGAUAUCCAGCAGCUACAGAGCAGCGUCGUCCUCUAUGUGGACUUUCUGACCACCUGUUCGCUCAGUUUUUAGUCUCCACUGACUUCUGAGGGACGCAUGUGGCUCUAAAGCUGCUGUUUACCAACUCGUCACCAUCUGUCUGCUGGUUGGUGCUCAGCAGGUGCACUGUGGCUUUUUGGAGGUUUUUCUCUUGAAAACAGCUGCAGCCAGAAACCACUCUGUGAGAACAAGUGAACCCAGACAGUAGCUCACUACGAAGCUCACUGAACCCGAGAGAUUCAGGUAAUAAUUCUCUACAGGUUCGUCGCUACAAGCCGCCGUUUCCUCACUUGAUACGUAGCUGUUGUUAAAUACAGAGAUUCUAGUGUGUCGCUGUGAACUGAAAUCACAGAACCAAAAGCCUAGAAGUCAUCAGGAGGACAGCACAGCAGGGAAGCGAUUUAAUACUGCACAUAUCUUUCUUCCUGUGUGAAUCCACAUCAGCUUUUUUUUUCCUUUUAAAGACGGGGAUGUGAACAAGAGACCCAAAAGGAAACACAUCACCUGACCUGAAUCUGUGUCACACUGAUUUCAGCUUUAUGACACAUUUUUAAAAGACGCAGUUUCAGCUGUUUCUUUUUCCUGCAGAGAAUAAUUUUAGAAACGCUGCCUACGAGGCUCGGAGAUCAGUCACCGGGACUGACGGCAUCACUGUGACGUCCACUGUGCUCUGAGGUCUGCUGCUGCGGCCGGACGCCGGUCACGGCUGGAAGCAGCUCUGCGUAAAACUUCACUUCACUUUCAUUGUAAAGAGAGGAAGCUGCAGUACGUCUUUACUGGGAUCAGCUGCAAUGUUCCUGUUUUCUUCUCGUGGUGCUUUAGUUUGGAAUGGUGCUAUUAGUUCAUCGUUUGAAUUAUCAGUUUAACAAUUGUUAAAAUCUUUUAUUCUUUCCAUUUGAGCCUUUUGUGAUAAUAACAAUCUGCAGAGCUGGCCUGAGGCGUCUGAGUGCAGCUGCUUAGCACCCGUCACCCACCAAAGGCCCUCUUUGGUUGCCUCUGGGUAUAUUUUUAUGUUUUAAUUUACUCUCCCUCACUUGGAUUAAGUGGCAAAAAAGUGCUCCCCAAAUCCCAAAAUGCAGCUUCAGAAGAAUAUUUUACGAUUUUGUCAAAUACUGUAAAAUUUUUCUCAGCAUUUCCAAACACUCGGAUCAUUUGGACGUUAUAUUAACAAACGUUUUGGUUUGAAACAAGUAUUUAGAAAGCCUCACAAAUCACUUUUGGAUGCACUCAACCAAAUUGAAUACUCAAAAAUCAAAUAUCUGCUGAUCAAGCAUGUGGAGCACAGAAACAUGAAGUAUAUUUAUAGUUCGUACAUUCAGCUGUAUGCUAUCAGAGUCCAGCUAACUCAUCCCUGCAGUCUAUGAGGACCGAAUAUGUAGAAACACUUGGAAUCGCACAAACCGUUUCAGAAGUGAUUUCCAAGACUCACUGCCGGAGAACAUCCUGCCUCAGGCUCCACUUACACCUGACGCUAACAUGUGUGUUCAUUAUCUCAACUGCACUGUGAUCCCAUCUCAAUAUGCAAACUAGUCUGGUGAUGCUAUUCAUGUCUGAAUCACUUUUUGCUGCUACGUGUGGCUUUUGUUGGACUUGCUCGAGUUAGCGGGAGGAGGCAGUGACCUCUCAACUUGCUGGUUCGAUUUCAUUCGUCAGAUGUGCGGUCACAGUGUACAGAUCUCACUCACACGUGUGGCGAUGCGUGUUUCCUGUUAUCUGUUACCCGGACAUGCUAAUAGUCGGUGUAAAUCUGUGUCUGUAAGGCGUCUUUCUCUUACCUGUGCCAAUAAUGAGGCUUCAUGCAGAGCAGUGAACCAGUUUUUAUUCUGAAUCAAAAGGAGGGACAGUACCGGUAUUUGUUGUUUUGUUUGUCACAUGCUAAUUAUAACAUGACAUGUACUGUAUAUUGUUCAAUACUAUAGGCGAUGAACCCAUGUGUCCCCCAUGUACAUCUUUUUAAAAGGAAAUAUUAAAUUGAUUAAACAUGGUGCAUUGUUGAUUUUAA